GGCGCACUUGCUGGCACUAUAUCAUCCUUGGUAUUUAUGACUUGGAUCGGCAUUGGAGGUCUUGUGAACAAAGUUUCCACCGCGGUGGCUUCUCCCCUCAAUAUCGACGGAUGUCCUAGCAAUUUGAACAGCUCAGCGGCUAACAUGAGUGUCGUCAGCACCACUAUGAGCGCCAUCUUGGCGAACACCACAGCAGCUGCGACAGGAGGGAAAAGUUACGAAGGUGUGUACCGACUGUACACGUUGUCUUACCUGUACUACACAAUCGUUGGCACGGUAACGGUGGUCGUCAUUGGUCUCAUCGUCAGCUUUCUCACAGGCUACACCAGACCUAGCAAGGUAGACCCUAGACUCAUCCUUCCUUUGUUUGACGUUAUUUUCCCCUGCCUUCCGGAGUGCAUCUUAAGGCCGCUUCGCUUUGGUGUUGACCAUAAAUCGAAGCUUUGUGAGACCACGGCAAAUGGUACUUAUAAAGUGAAAGUGGACGACGACGAUUUUGAGAUGAAUGGCAUCAUCCCGGCGACCAGAGACGAAUAUCAGAGCUCAAUGUCUAAAGACAACGCGGGGUACGACAGUUCCAUGGAUUUCCAAGAAGAUUCCUCCACAAAUACCAAAUUGUGAGGCUACUUUAAAGCAUGUGUUUUGAUGUGAAAACACAAGCUAAUGAUGAUCAAUCGGAAGACGACCUCAACGGCAAAGAUGAUGAUGAUGAUGAUGAUGAUGAUGAUGAUGAUGAUGAUGAUGAUGAUGAGGAUGAUGAUGAUGAUGGUGAUGAUGGUGAUGAUGAUGAUGGUGAUAAUAAUGAUUAAACAAUAUUGAGUUAUGACAAAAGCUCGUAAGGCAUGGAAAAAUAGAAAUGUGUUCCACGGUAUAAAUCUCAAACUUUUACUUUGUCUUGGUGUUCACAAAGAGCCAUUCUUGUCUGAAGUUGGUCUGUAAUAAUGAAUCUCAAUCCACUAUGGGCUUCCAGUCUUCAAAAUUAUGUUCUUGAGCAGUUCAUUUGUUCUGAAUUAUAACAAAGUUGCUCGCAUUUUAGUAUUACGCUGACCUUUGGUAAACAGAGUUUAGGGCAAUGUCACAUUGUGAUAUUGGAGACUACAUGAGUAAAAACUGAAGUCUUUGCUUGAGGAUUUGAAAAGUCUCAGUUUUAAGAUUUAUGAUUUAAGUUUCAAAGAGGAUGAACAUUUUGUCAGCUUCUUUUGAAGGGAACACUGUUGAUUCUAUUCCCUUUAAAAUGUUGUGUUAGGUUAAAUUGGAGGGUCGUGAAACCCUUAAAGGGUAUAACACUAAAUAACGUGAAGAAAAUAAAUGGCUAUUGCCUUCCCCCUUCAGUCAAUAAUGUUCUUGAACUAGACACAAUAGAGAACGUGGUAUAUGCAAGGUAUAGGAAUAUUUAGCUGUCCGAUAAAUAACACCGCGCUCUUUUAAGCAAAGCAGUGCACUCUAUCUAUUAUGAAAUCCGUCAGCGAAAAAAAAACCCCUACACAUUCCACGAAUGGUAGAUAAAUAUUGUAUUUUAAUGCCAUCAAUACCACCCGUUUUAUUUCAUGUACAGGGAUGUAUUAGAGUUUCGUUUCUACCUAUUUGCUUAUUGAAGUAUCAAUUGUUUUCUUUACAAUGCCUUUUAAAAAUUGUUUUUGAGAUGUGUAUUCGUAGUCAAAAAGAUAUCUAAGUUAUCAUAAUUAUUGUCGUAUCUUAUAAAGCUAUCAAACUGACUAUUAUGGUUAUAUAGUUUCUGUAAGGUAGCUGAAGUUUCUGCAUAAGUUCGAGUAACUUUAUAACCAUUUUUAUUUUGUCUUAAAUGCUUUUGAAAUGUACUGGAUUUGAUAUUAAUAAAACUAGAGUCAAGGGACGUUUGACAUCACCAAUGAAGUAAUUUUACUUUCUAAAUCUAAAUUGUAUGCCAAAUUGUUCAUCAUAACAAAUACUGUAACCUUUUGCAUGAAAUUUCAUUUUUUUAGAUGUGUGUCAUGCUAAAUGCUUUAUGCCACUUGAAGCUUGAAAUAUUGGAAACUUGGUAUUAGCGUUAUGCUUUUGAAUGGUACAAAGGGAAAACAUGACAUGUCACUUUUUUCGCUAUUUUGAAGUGUGGCGUGUGUUGGAAAGUGUUCACCAACCUCUUCUGCCACAUCCAUUUGUCCAUACCUAACAGCUAAUUAGUCACACUAUGCUAUAGAAAAACGUGAGUCGUCAAGCAUUUAAUGUUCUCUUCUUGCACCCUUCACUUCAUAUUGUUGAAUAAUUAAACUGCCAAAGUUUCUUCACACAAAGAAAAAAGUUCACCUAAUGGGGGCUCAUCUCUGCAAAGACCUCGGGCAAAAAUGGCUCCGCACACGCGUCUAGAGAAAUACUGUUUAUGGAAUAGGAUCAAGAGGCCAAAAUAUUCUACUUGCAUAUACAUAUAAUUAUGAUGUUCAGUACUGCACGCAUGUUGUCAUACAAUAAACCUUAUUGCUUUUCUACAA